CCAGUAUGAAAGGAAAAGUGGGAUUGGAGGAGUGACGUUAUCCGCUGCUGGAAAGAGGGAGGGAGAAAGAGGGACGGCUGGACUCCAUUAAGCCGAAGCCUGCAGGAAAACUGUUUGGGAUACUUCACUUCUUCAGCGACUUCUCCAGGGAUUUCUUUCAGUUUUAUUGUCUAAAAAAAGACUUCAUACAUGAUUUGAAGAGGGGGACUUGUUCUGUACCGUGUAGUCGACUGUUUUACUGUUUCUUCGUCUUUGUGAAGGAUGGCGCUGGACGGGAUCCGGAUGCCCGAUGGCUGCUACGCCGAUGGGACAUGGGAGUUGAAGAUGCACGUCACCGACCUCCACAGGGACGUGUCGCUGAGAGUAACUGGAGAAAUCCACAUCGGCGGAGUCAUGCUCAAACUCGUGGAGAAACUAGAUGUAAAGAAGGACUGGUCCGACCAUGCUUUGUGGUGGGAGAAGAAGAAAACAUGGCUGUUGAAAACCCAUUGGACGCUGGACAAGUACGGCAUCCAAGCUGACGCCAGGCUGCUUUUCACGCCACAGCACAAGCUGCUGCGCCUCCAGCUGCCCAACAUGAAGCACAUGAAGGUUAAGGUCAACUUCUCGGACCGCGUUUUCAAGGCCGUGUCCGACAUCUGCAAAACCUUCAAUAUCCGCCACCCAGAGGAGCUAUCUUUACUGCGUAAGCCCCGUGAUCCCAAGAAGAAAAAGAAAAAGUUGGAGGAGGCAGAGGAGGACGAUUUGGAGCUGGAGGGUCCGCUGUUAACCCCUGGUUCAGCCUCUGAGGUAAUAUACAUCGGACCUGUCAAAGGGAGCAUCUACUCCAGUCCAGGCUUGUACAGUAAGACUAUGACCCCCACCUAUGACUCCAGAGACGGCAGCCCGCUGUCGCCCACCACUGCCUGGUUUGGGGACAGCCCCCUCUCUGAGGGAAACCCCAGCAUCCUCGCUGUCAGCCAGCCAAUCUCCUCACCAGACAUCCUGGUCAAACUAUACAAGCCCCAGUCUCUGCUGGACAAAGCCAAAAUCAACCAGGGGUGGUUGGACUCAUCCAGGUCUUUGAUGGAGCAGGAUGUAAAGGAAAAUGAGGUGCUGCUGCUGAGGUUUAAAUACCACAGUUUCUUUGACCUCAACCCAAAGUAUGAUGCCAUCCGAGUGAACCAGCUCUAUGAACAGUCCAAGUGGGCCAUCCUGCUGGAGGAAAUUGAGUGCACGGAGGAGGAAAUGAUGAUGUUUGCUGCCCUGCAGUACCACAUCAACAAGCUAUCAAUCAUGUCUUCAGACAACCACAUGAAUAACAGUGAGAAGGAGGUGGAUGAGGUGGAUGCAGCCCUGUCUGACCUGGAAAUUACUUUGGAAGGAGGGAAGACGUCCAACUCCCUGGGUGACAUCACAUCUAUUCCUGAGCUAGCGGACUAUGUCAAAGUCUUCAAACCCAAGAAACUGACAUUGAAGGGCUAUAAGCAGUACUGGUGCACAUUCAAGGAUAUCACAAUUUCCUGUUACAAGAGUAAAGAGGAGGCCCAUGGGACACCUGCUCUCCAAAUGAAUCUUAGAGGCUGUGAGGUGACUCCAGAUGUUAAUAUCUCAGGUCAGAAAUUCAACAUCAAGUUGCUAAUCCCUGUGGCUGAUGGCAUGAAUGAGAUCUGGCUUCGUUGUGAUAUGGAGAAACAGUACGCCCACUGGAUGGCUGCAUGUCGCUUGGCCUCCAAAGGGAAGACCAUGGCCGACAGCUCUUACAACCUAGAGGUCCAGAACAUUCUGUCCUUCCUCAAGAUGCAACACAUGAACCCUGACCCUCAGUUCAUUGAGCCGAUCACCACCGAUAUCAACCCAGAAUGCCUAGUUUCCCCGCGCUAUCUGAAGAAGUACAAGAACAAGCAGCCAGGCUCUAUCAGGGACUUGAUUUCAGCCCGGAUCCUUGAAGCCCACCAGAAUGUGGCCCAGAUGAGUCUCAUCGAGGCCAAGAUGCGCUUCAUCCAGGCAUGGCAGUCCCUGCCUGAGUUUGGAAUCACUCAUUUCCUUGCCAAGUUCCAGGGUGGAAAGCGGGAGGAGCUGAUCGGCAUCACUUACAACCGUGUGAUCCGGAUGGAUGCCAGCACUGGAGAUGCUAUUAAGACCUGGCGCUUCAGCAACAUGAAACAGUGGAACGUCAACUGGGAGAUCAAGAUGGUGACGGUGGAAUUUGCCGACGAGCCCAGUCUUUCCUUCAUCUGUGCCGAGGUGGACUGUAAGGUUGUCCACGAGUUCAUCGGCGGCUACAUCUUUUUGUCCACACGUGCCAAGGACCAGAACGAGUCCCUAGAUGAGGAGAUGUUCUAUAAGCUGACCAGCGGCUGGGUCUGAGCUGCCCCCGAACCGCCAGGGGCGAACCAUAGUAGGUCAGGGGCCAGGAGGGCAGUGGCUGGGUGGUGGAACCACAGUGUAUGGGUUAUUUUAUUAUUUUAUUAUAUUUCUCAGUCUGUUUAGAGCUGUGCUGGAGAAUCUGGAGCAGCGCUAAAAUUGCCACGGCUGACAACUUUUUUAUUGUUCAAGUUUAUGUUUGCAUUAACACUGACAAGGUCAUUUGUUACAACACUAAUGUUCUGGUGAAUGCAGUCCAGAUGAACUUUUGAACCUAGACUCCUGUGGUGGAGCAGAAGCCUUACACAAACCUGAACCGGGGAGUGUCUCUGUCCUCCUACAACCACCUGCCUCCUCUCCUCCUGGACGGAUGGCCAUCAACUUACGUCCAUGACAACCCUUUAGAAGCAAUCAAACACCAGAUUAAAUCCCAAGGAAUCAUCUUUUUUUCUUCACUUUCACUCAUUGCUUUUUUCCCCCUCUUUUCUAGAACUGGACUAAAUGAGCGGACCUCUAACUGUCAAUAACACAUGUUGUAAUCAUAGUGCCACAGAUACCUACGCACAGUUAGAAUUAUUUAUCCUAAAAAAA